CAAACCAUCGGAGUUUGGGGGGAUCCAUUCCAUACCAACGAGCGACGGGAGGGAGGAGCCAAGGAGGGAUUGGUUGGAACAGACGCCGACCACUUCGUUCCCCUCCCCUGCCCAACCCAACCAGAGAGAGAGAGAGAGAGAGAGAGGAAGAGCGAGCCCGACCCAGGCCCCCCUCGUUCCCACCGGGCGAGAGAGAAAGAGGGGGAGCCCUAGCCCUAGCCGCCGUCGGCGGGGGCGAUGGCCGCGGCCGCGCCGGCGAUGCGGGCCGGGCUGGUCUUGGUGGUGUUCUUGUUGUUGGCCGCAUCGGGGGCGGGGGCGGGGGCGGAGGGGGCGCUGCCGCGGUUCGCGGAGGCCCCCGAGUACCGGAACGGGGAGGGCUGCCCGGCGGCGGUGGCCGGCGCGGGGGUGUGCGACCCGGGGCUCGUCCACAUCGCGAUGACGCUCGACGCGCACUACCUCCGGGGCUCCAUGGCCGCCAUCUACUCGCUGCUCAAGCACGCCUCCUGCCCGGAGUCGCUCUUCUUCCACUUCCUCGCCGCUGACGCCGCCGCGCCCGGGGUCGGCGAGCUCCGGAGCGCGCUCGCCGCCUCCUUCCCGUCGCUGCGGUUCGAGAUCUACCCGUUCCGCGCCGACGCCGUCACGGGCCUCAUCUCCGCCUCGGUGCGCGCCGCGCUCGAGGCGCCGCUCAACUACGCCAGGAACUACCUCGCCGACCUGCUCCCCAAGUGCGUGCCCCGGGCCAUAUACCUCGACUCGGACGUGCUCGCCGUCGACGACGUGCGCAGGCUCUGGGAGACGCGCCUGCCCGCCGCCGCCGUCGUCGCCGCGCCCGAGUACUGCCACGCCAACUUCUCCCGCUACUUCACCGACGCCUUCUGGUCCGACCCGGACCUCGGCGCGCGCGUCUUCGCGGGCCGCCGCCGCGCGCCCUGCUACUUCAACACCGGCGUCAUGGUCAUCGACCUCCGGCGCUGGCGCUCGGGGAACUACCGCCACCGCGUCGAGCAGUGGAUGGAGUUGCAGAAGGAGAAGCGAAUCUACGAGCUGGGCUCCUUGCCCCCUUUCUUGCUCCUCUUCGCCGGCGAGGUGGAGGCUGUCGACCAUCGGUGGAACCAGCACGGCUUGGGCGGCGACAACAUUCUUGGUAGCUGCCGCCCGCUCCACAAGGGCCCUGUCAGCCUGAUGCACUGGUCAGGCAAGGGCAAGCCAUGGGAUCGCCUCGACGCCGGCAGGCCUUGCCCGCUCGACCAUACAUGGAAAUCAUACGACCUCUACAUUGGCGACGGUGAUGCAUCGCAAGCAUCGGCGCCGUCCUGGGCCUCAUUGUCAUCAUCGGCGUUGCCGGCGGCGGUGUUUUCUUGGUAGACAGAUAUGGGACACACGCUAUAAUUUUUUCAUUUGGUUGUGGUAAUGCAAUUGCCUUGCGAUGCAUACCCACUGCCAUCACAGCUGCCGUCGCAAGCCGGCUGCCGCCUUCGGCUGUACAGCGAGAGGAGGGGCGGUACAUUGCGGCGGCUGCGACGGGAAGAGGAAGAACAGUGCAUAGGGGAAGCAAAUUCUUGUUCAUUCACGAUACAAGUCGGAUUGAUUCAUUAUGCUGUGAUCCGGAGGUGGUGACUAGGGAGGGGGUGUUGGAAUUACUUUAUUGGUGGUGUACAAUUCUUGGAUAGAAGAAAGGUUUCACUUUUUUUGUCUGUUAGUUCAGGAUUGUUUCAUUUACAUUUACAUGUUUGUUCAGUAAACCAGUAUAAAUAUUGAUUGAAUUGGUUUCAAUAAAACAGGGUGGAUCUUAUUCUUGCUGAA